AUCGUGUGGGAUUUAUAAAACAGAUCCCGAUCUGUGUGCGAGGUUAUUCGUCGAGCAAAAAGCAAGCCGUUAAUAACCUGAUAAUCAACGAUCCAUUAUAGCGACCGAGCUGUGUUAGUAGUACGCGUGUUUGUGUCUAGCAGAAACCCUAUAUCCGGCCUGUAAAACUGAACUCAUCUAGGAUUGGGACCGCGAUCUAAACGGAUCCUUCAGUUUCUGGCCUCCUCUGCUUCAGAGGCCCAUGGAGAAGAUGAAGCGGUUUAAAAGGCGUUUGUCACUCACGCUGCGCGGCAGCCAGACCAUUGACGAAUCCCUGUCUGAACUCGCCGAGCAGAUGACCAUUGAGGACAACAGCAAUAAGGACAGUGAACCCAUAGUGAGAAAUGGACGACCGCCGUCUUCCCACAGCAUGCACUCGUUCCUGCACCAGUACACGGGCUCGUUUAAGAAGCCUCCUCUCCGGCGUCCUCACAGCGUUAUUGGUGGCAGUUUGGGUUCCUUCAUGGCCAUGCCACGCAACGGUAGCAGACUCGAUAUCGUCCAUGAGAAUUUGAAGAUGGGAUCAGAUGGUGAGAGUGAUCAGGCAUCGGGAACAUCAUCAGACGAGGUGCAGUCACCCACAGGGGUGUGUCUGCGCACCAGAAAUCAUCGUCGCAUAUCCAUGGAGGACAUAAACAAGCGCCUGUCUUUACCCGCUGAUAUUCGGAUUCCUGACGGAUACCUGGAGAAACUGCAGCUGAGCAGUCCACCCUUCGACCAGCCGCUCAGUCGGCGCUCACGUAGGGCCUCACUGUCAGAAAUCGGCUUUGGGAAACUAGAGACCUACAUCAAACUGGACAAGCUUGGAGAGGGGACGUAUGCUACAGUUUUUAAAGGAAGGAGCAAACUCACAGACAACUUGGUAGCUUUGAAAGAGAUCCGGUUAGAACAUGAAGAAGGAGCACCGUGCACAGCCAUUAGAGAGGUGUCAUUACUAAAGGACCUGAAGCACGCCAACAUCGUCACUCUUCAUGACAUCGUUCACACGGAAAAGUCCCUCACCCUCGUUUUUGAGUACCUGGAUAAAGAUCUAAAGCAGUACAUGGACGACUGUGGGAACAUCAUGAGUAUGCACAAUGUUAAGAUUUUCCUCUUUCAGAUCUUGCGAGGGUUGGCAUACUGCCACAGGCGUAAAGUCUUGCACAGGGACCUGAAACCACAGAACCUCCUCAUUAAUGAAAAAGGAGAGCUCAAGCUGGCUGACUUUGGUCUAGCUCGAGCCAAGUCUGUUCCCACUAAGACGUACUCAAAUGAAGUGGUGACUCUGUGGUACAGACCUCCUGAUGUACUGCUCGGCUCUUCUGAGUACUCCACACAGAUCGACAUGUGGGGAGUUGGAUGUAUAUUUUACGAGAUGGCUGCAGGUCGGCCGCUCUUCCCAGGAUCCACGGUGGAGGAUGAACUACAUCUUAUCUUCAGACUACUGGGUACACCCACAGAGGACAACUGGCCUGGCAUCUCAUCUAUUGAAGAAUUCAAAUCCUACAACUUCCCCAAAUACAAACCACAGCCCUUCAUUAAUCAUGCACCCAGGUUGGACACUGAAGGAAUCGAGUUGUUGUUGUCUUUUCUUAAGUACGAGUCCAAGAAACGAAUAUCUGCUGAUGAUUCUAUGAAACACUCUUACUUUAAGAGUCUGGGUAUGCAAGUACACACACUGCCUGAAAAUGUGUCUAUAUUUACAUUAAAAGAAGUGCAGCUCCAGCGGGACCCUGGCUACCGGAAUUCCUCCUGCCCUGAGACAGGAAACAACAAGAACAGAAGACAGAGUAUGCUGUUCUAAACCUGGCUCUGAUGAACAUGCUCACACACACAAACACACACAACAGCAAACACACACAAGCACACAUACAAGCACAAACACACGAGGUGGAUCAGGAUGCAGCUCGUUCAGCAGUUCAUCUUGUACAGAAAUGAGACUCUGAUCUGUGUGCGAGUGUAAACGGUGGGUGUGGAGGCUGCAGCUCGUAUCCUUCCUUCUGUGUCCAGCAUGAUGCCAGUCUGACCUCUCGACCCACCUUCGCCUCAGCUUCAGGGCCGUGUAUCGGCCUUUCUCUGCUGUUGUGAUCGGACCGAGGGGGGGUGCUGUAAAGUGUGGGUAUAUAUGUGUGAGAAUGUGUGUGUAUUUAUUGGAGGUGGUUGAACUUUUUUUUGCUGCUAACCAACUACUGUCACAUUUUAACAUCCCCGCUUACAGGCAGUCCUGGUUGCUGCAGAUACAUCAGUGCUGCCAGCAGUUUAAAUUCUGUUGAUGUUCUUAUUGUUGCACCCUCAUUUAGUUUUUUGGAAUGUUGAUUUUAUGUCGUUUUCUCGUGGAAGCUGUACAGACUUCCCUCUCCAUUCCAAUCUCUGGAGCUCACUCCGACAUUUCAAAUGACCCCGAGCUCGUAGAAGAGUACCUCCUCUUCCUGUCUGUCAGUGAGCCGUGGACGAGCGAGUGCAGCUCUUUCAGGGAGCCGAAUUGGGGGAAAAAAGUUCAGCCAGAUGAGUGAUGAGAAUCACUAUAGCAUAACUGACUCGUAUGUAAACAGAAAAUAGAUUUUAUGGCUGCCCUAUACAACAAUGGACAAGCUGUAAGUGGGAGUUAAAAACACUGGACCAGCAGUAGUCACGUGGCAGAAAUGACUGAUAAUUUGACGUUCCUCUCCAAGCUCAGUGAAAACCUUCUGCCUGGACUGAAGUUUUGAAUUAUUAUUAUUAUUUUUUAUUUUAGAGAUUCUUCUUCUAACAUCAGUGACUGUACAAAAUGAAUUAUUUAGAUCUCCUAUGUAGCUUUGGGUGUGAAUGUCAGAGAUGGACUGCGUUUACAUGAACAGUAUUAAUCAGAUUCUAAUGUAGCUGUUAUUUGACUGCUAAUGCAAACACAGCAAUUCAGGCACAGACAAUUGUGCCUGUUUGGGCACCGGUCAGGUAGAUACCUGAUAGCACCUCCUGGGAUCCAAAAGUAAGUGCUUUAGGCUAGUAUGUUAGACCGUUGCACAACCUGAGCACCCAUAUCACUCACUGGCAUACACCAAUACACCAAUAGGACAGUUUACAGUAGCAAGUUCACAUACUGGCAUUUAUUUAAGAGGUGGGGAAAAACUAAAGUACCUGAAACAAAACAACAUAGAAAUGGGGAAAACAGUGGCAGCAAUUGGAUGAAAGAGCUAAAUUCAGGCCCCCAGGACCCUGGAGCUGUGAGGUACCAACAAUAUAUUAUGUACCACCAUGCCAUCAAUUUUCAAGCAUUAGGUUACUUAAAAAAAGAGUAAAAAUAUCUAGAAAGACAAGAAAAUUGCAAAUAUUUACAAUGUUUUCCAUCUUUUUGACAGUGCUCUUCUUAAAUGAAUGCAUACCUAUGUAUGAUAGGACAAUAAAAGUGUUGAGUUUAUCAGUUGGCUUUUACUAUCCACAAAUUUGUUCUAAAAAGCUUAAAACUGCAAAAGUGCAGGUACAAUUUUAGCUUCUGUAUAAUCUAAUUCAACUAGUAGCUUAGACAUCAUUAAAAGGCAGGUACACAUUUAGCAGCGGUGUAUCAGUCAUACAGUUGUACAUUUAUGUGCCAUGGACUCUUCCUUCCAAGCACACAAGUAUGUACAGUACUCAUUAUGUACAGUACUCAACUAUUUGUUUGAUUAUACCACUAGCACCGCUUGCUUAGAUUUUACCCAGAGCUGUAUCAGCUCCAGUUCAGUGGUGAUGUACAUACAGUGUGGGUGUACCAGAGUUCUUAAAACCUUGUCUCUAAUAAUGAUUUCUGGUGUUGAAUUGGCUUGUUUCCCCCAAAAAACAUGCAUAACAAGGGACUGGCCAAGCUAAAUUUGCUUUAGUUGUAAGUAAAUGUGUAAGUGUGUCAUAUCUUCAAUACACUGGAGCUGGUUAAGGGUGUGUUCCGGCUCAGCUCCCAGUGUUUUUGGGUGCUGUCUCCCAUCAUAACCCAGAUUGGAAAGAAGUAGUCAUUAAAAACAAAACCAUAAACAUGAGUAAGGAAUGAAUAUGUGUUUAAAAUACAUACCAAAUCAAAUGUGCUUGGAAAGCCACUUGAGAAAAAAGCCAACAGGUAGAGGAGUGUUUUUUAUUUAUGGAUGAUUGAUUCUAGAAAGGAAUAUAAAUGCUGAUUAUUAAUAGUCUACUGACAUACUUGUUUACUGGGCAAUUAUAAAAAAAAAUCAGUAGCACACUCACAAAAUCUGCUUUUCUUGGGUGCCAAGGUUGGUAAUUUGUCUACCCUGUAAUGUAUCUGUUUCCUAUAUUAGAUUACUAAUGUGCUUGUAAACCCAUGAAUGAAAUUACAGUAUUUGAAUUAUUCUGAACAUGUAAACGCAUUCUAUAGAGAGCAUGUGUGUAUGAGAACGGGAACGAAUGAUUAUGGAGAUCAGACUGUACAGAGCCGUGUUGCACCAGGUUUGUGAAGAUGAGUUAGUUUCAUUAACAGUAUUAAGAGAAUUUUACAUUUUACGAGUUACCUUUUGAUUUGUCUGUGAAUAAUGGUUGGUAUCUCAGUGUGGCAUGUUAAAGUCCAACUGUCUUACCUUUAUGCUUGAUUUAAUUUAGAAAAAAAUGUGUUUAAAAAACUAUACAGGAACAAAAACAUGUGGCUGCAUUGGAUGGACCAAUACUUUUUUUGUAUACAUGAAGAAAAAAUUCAAGCUGAGUUUUUAGAUUGGAUAAACUAUGUUGUUUUGAACUGACAGAUGUGUUGAUUAAUAUUGUAAUUUUGCAGUUGAUUGUCACUGGAACAGUGAGUGUAUGUGUGUACAGAUGCAUGAAACGCCCGUCACCCACCCGGUGUCUCGAGAAGCUCACCUCUGUGGAACACUCACACUCUCAGUUCAAACCUUCGACAGAAUUCACCAUUUAACUCUUUCUACUGCAGAUAUUUAUUUCUCUUAAUCAGUGAAGUAAACAUGGUCUGUUUCCUAAGGAA